UUUAUGAGUUCAUAAUGAUGUUUUAAUUUCUCUGUUGAAGCUCCGCAACCAUGGAAGAACAUGGUGUAAAGUUAAUAAAGACUGCUACCCAAGAUAUAGGGGAGCCAAAUGUGCAGCAGAAAGAAUUGGUUCGUGAUUGGCAUUCCAAGGAGUUCUCUACAAAAUUAGAAAUUCGAGGAAAUGCUGCUUUUACUUCAGGUAGGAAACAUGGCUGCCCAAUCUGCUUAAGUGGGGAGAGUUGUCGGACAGUUCGAUCCAGAACAAAGUUGAUGGGAACUCUUAUAGAAAAAAGGCAUCCGCAAGAAGCUGAGUCUAUAUUUUAUGGCUUAGUAGAAGAGCAUAAGCCUUCUCUAGUUACAUAUACAACUCUACUAACUGCUUUAACUGAUCAGAAGAAGUUUGAUUCCAUUACAACAUUAAUUUCUGAUGUGGAAAAGAAUGAACUGAAACCAGAUUCUAUAUUUUUUAAUGCCGUCAUUAAUGCCUUCUGCGAAGCUGGAAAGGUUGAUGAAGCCUUGAAAAUAUUCCAACAGAUGAAAAGAAGUGGAUGUAGAUUGACAACAAGUACCUUCAACACCCUCAUAAAAGGAUAUGGUAUUGCCCAUAGGCCUGAAGAAUCGCAGAAGCUCUUGGAUAUGAUGUUUUAUGAAGCAGAAGCUAGCCCAAAUAGGAAAACAUACAAUAUACUCAUCAAAGUUUGGUGUGACCAUCAGAACCUUAGUGAAGCUUGGAAUGUUGUGUAUAAGAUGCCUGCUUCUGGCAUAGAACCUGAUGUUGUCACCUACAAUACCUUAGCAAGAGCUUAUGCAAAAAAUGGAGAAACAAAUAGAGCUGAGGAGAUUUUCUUGGAAUUGCCGAACCAGAUUCGUCCCAAUGAACGCUCGCUUGCUAUUAUUGUCGGUGGCUAUUGCAAAGAAGGAAAUAUGAAAGAUGCACUGAGAUGUCUGCAUCAAAUGAAGGGUCUUGGAGUUCAACCAAAUGUUAUUGUCUUCAACACUUUGAUCAAGUCUCUCUUGGAUGCAGAUAACAUGGAAGAUGUUCAUGAAGUUCUAACACUGAUGGAAGCAGCUGGAGUGAAACCAGAUGUUGUAACAUACAGUCAUCAGAUGAAUGCCUGGGGUGCAAAGGGUAUCAUGACUAAAUGCAUGGAUAUUUUUCAUGAAAUGUUGCAACUAGGAAUUGCUCCUGAUGCUCAGGUUUAUAGCAUUCUUGCUAAAGGAUAUGUUAGAGCAAGGGAACCUGAUAAAGCAGAAGCCCUUCUAACAAAAAUGGAAGAAUUUGGAGUUCAGCCCAAUGUUAUAACCUUCACAACAAUCAUCAGUGGUUGGUGUAGCGCCGCCAGAAUGGAUAAUGCAAUGCGAGUUUUUGCGAAAAUGCGCGAACACGGAGUCUCUCCCAACAUCAAAACAUUUGAAACACUUAUAUGGGGUUAUGGAGAGCUGAAGCAGCCAUGGAAAGCAGAAGAAAUGCUUAAGAUGAUGAGAGAAGUUGGAGUAAAGCCAAAAAUUAACAGUGUUAGUCUUGUUGCAGAAGCCUGGAAGGCUGUUGGAUUGCAAAAUGAGGCAAGCAGAAUAUUGACAUCCUUUGAUGAUCUUAGUUCCAGUCAAGAAUUAAGAUUUUCAAUUGAUAGUCUAUCCAAGAACUCUGAAGUAGUUCAUCAGAAACAGAGUUUGGGUACAUUAAAUGAAAGAGAUGAGGGUACUGAAACAUAUAGUAGGAAAAUUUCGAUUAAAGAUGGCAUGAGAGGUACUAUGCGGUCAAUUUGUCAUGCUCUUCCUCAUAGGCCUGGAUUUAAGGUUCCAGUUAUUUGCAGAAAACAGUGUCAGAUUCAGCUUGGGAUUUAUGGACCGUUGGUAAAUUCCUGCAGACUGGUCUUCUUCAACUGAGUGAAGUGAAUGCCAUGAUUUUCAAUGAACAUAGCAGAAAGGGUGUCCUUGUUUUUUUUUUUU